CCUGUAGUUAAUUGCGCAUUUAAUGAAAAAGAAUGGACCAUGGGAAAAUACAUUUUAAUUCUAUUUGUGGUCAUUAUGCUUUGUACGAUGUUAGUAUUGAUUGACGCAAGAGGAGGAAAAGUGAGAUGGAGAGUGAGAUUUUCCUUUGGAAGACAUUUUUCAGGAAACAAAAUUACCUCGAAAAACGAUGUUGGUUCAGUUUACGGGGCCUCAUAUUGGCGGAUACGUUCUAGCUCUAGGUCAAAGGGGGAUUUGCCAGAAGUCUGCUACAAUGACAAAUAUGAUAAAAAUAAUUUGACCAAUGUGUCAUAUGUGGGGCUGUUUAUUUGCCCGACAGACGACAGUAUGGGAGAUGACCACACUUACUGCUGCGGUGACGAGGGGCAACAGUACUGCUGUACAUUCUGGGAUGAUGACUGGAGAGUAUAUCAAGUUGUAUUUGGAAUACUUUGGGGACUAUUCGUGAUUUGCAUCUUUUCUUGUGUGUGUUAUAUGUAUUGCUUUAAAAAAUGCAAGUCUAAGUAAUCCUUCAUAUGACAACAGAUAAUUAGUUGGAGAUUUUGAAAACAUUUUUGAUAACUCUCUUAUUUCAUAUCAGCUGGGGCUAAAUCUAAGGUCAGACAUUUAAAAUCUUUGGUAUAGAAUCCAUGUACGAUGACAUUCAAUAACGUUGUUCAUAAGCAUGUUUGUCUCUUUCAGUUAGAUAAGAGUGAAUGGCAUAGGGAUAAGGCCUUAAAACCGAGGCCCUGUACCACGAUAGGUGUUGGCAUGAAAAUGUAAAGUGGGUAAUCUUUAAGUGCGAGGCAUAGGGCAAGAUCCCUUACUGCUCAAUGGGCCUUCAUACCUAUAUGAGUGAAAAAUUCUCGAAUGGCACGUAAAAAACAUAAAUCAAUCAAUUAUUUAAACUAUGCUUUUUGUCUUAAAUAUCACAGGAAAUGGGUAGCACUGGUUCUCUACCCUUGAUUCCAGUCGCUGCCGCUAGGAAUUGUGUCUGUUAACCAAUGACAGGGCACCAGUCUAAUGAAAUGGGAAGAGUUUACAAAAGUAUUUAAAAAAUUUGUUUUAAAAAAAAAAUUAUGCGUCGUCAUGUUUAUAAUAUAAAUAGUUUUAAUUCAAUUUUUCAGUUAAAGUCAGAUUGGAAGUGUACAUAUAUUUGUUACUGUUUUAGCAUUAAUUGUUAAUGAUGCAUGUAAUUUUAUAUUUAGUGGAUAUUAUGUACAUAUAUUAACGUAUUGUUUCUAUGUAAGUAUUAUUAAGAAAAACUAGUUAUGCAGAUUUUGUUUAUGCUUUAUUGACUGGCUCCUUAUUGAGAAAUAUGUUAUAUCCAGUGUAUAAUACUACAAAUGCUGUUCAAGGUACCUGUCGACAUUUUUCACAACAGAAAUCUAUCUAUUGUAUUAAACAUUUAACAAUAUUUUUUGUCAGCAUGAAAUGAGGAGUCUUUCAAAAUUAAUGUUACAAUGGUGUACAUGGA